AUGGCUCCCCAAGUUGUUUCGGGACAUCAAGGCGGCAUAAUAACUGUGGCAAUCACAGCGCAGCUUUCUUUUUUGGCAACACUUCUUCUCAUAGGUAUCCUGCUGUAUUAUCGAUUGCGCCUAUGGAACCCCAAGUCCCGCAGUGUGAUCGGCUCAGAAGAGUUUUGCCUUAAGUUUCUGCGCAGCCAAUUUGCCAUCCUUUUCAUCGACCUCCUUGCUUCGGAUCUUAUUCAAUCACUUGGGUUUUUGCUCAAUCUUGCUCACGUUGGCAAGCCUAUCAUUGAAGACUCCACCAUUUGCACCGUCCAAGGGGUGUUUAUUCAACUCGGAGAUACUAGUGGCGCCUUCGCAACGGUAGCAAUAGCAGUCCAUACCUUCAUUGUUCUGAUCAAUCGCACACCACCCUCAACUGCUGCGCUUCUAAUUGUGCUGGGAAUAAAAUGGGCUUUGGUUUUUAUUUUGGCAAUGAUAGGCCCACUUGCCUUUGCCACGGAUGCACUUGGGCCGUUUUAUGGCCCAGCUGGUGCUUGGUGUUGGAUCAGCAGCGCGUACCCUUGGCAGAGGCUAUGCCUGCACUAUGUUUGGCUUUUUUUUGCAGGUGCUGCUUCGGCAGUAACAUAUGCGUUGAUAUUCUGGAACGUCCGCCGAAGGCUCAGAACCCAGUAUGCGCAAACAAGCUAUGAUCGAUCAGUCGAAGAAACAUCCAUGGAAAACGCGGCGAAGAAGAUGCUCGUCUAUCCGCUUUGCUACCUGUUACUCAUGCUUCCAUUGGGAAUCGAUAGAAUCACCUCGAUUUUCGGCCGCACGUGGUCUCUUGACGUCCAGAUUGCAUGCGGAGUAAUAUUCACUCUAGUUGGCCUUGUAGAUUCAGUGGUUUUCUGUUGGACGCGCAACAUUUUUGCAAUCCGAGCCAGAUCCACAAAUCCUGUCACCGAAUCGAGCCAUGGGGAUAAUUCGAAAGGCACUUUGCCAGAUGCUUCAGAUCCGCAAAAUCGACAGCCUUUCAUCAGCCCCCAACCCGGCCUAGAACUCAAGUCACCGAAUAUCCUAAUAGCCAAGCCAGCAGAGAAGUCGCUAUCCAGCCGAAUCAAUGGUAAUGUUAUACAAUUCAUGCCAGCGAAGUAUUCCCUGGCCACUAUCGACAUGAAUUCAUUCGAUGACCCUGAGCCAUCCAAUCCGCCUCCUUCAGAUACAUCGGUAUCCAACCGGAAGUUCUGA